ACACUUGCUCUCGACAGUAAACAAACUGGGCUAUCGAAUACAUACAGAGAAAGAGUGAAAAUUGUUGGCUGCAGAAAAACAUUAAAAAAGUGAAGACAAGAAAACAGAGGAAAUGGCCUCGCUAGAACCAACACAAAAUAAAACAUGGGAUCUGUCCCUGUACGAGCUGCAGCGCAAGCCGCAAGAAAUCAUUACGGACAGCACAGAGAUUGCCGUUUCGCCGCGCAGUCUGCACAGCGAGCUAAUGUGUCCCAUUUGCCUGGACAUGCUGAAGAAAACGAUGACAACCAAAGAGUGCUUGCAUCGCUUCUGCUCCGACUGCAUUGUCACCGCGUUGCGUUCGGGCAACAAGGAAUGUCCCACGUGCCGCAAGAAACUCGUCUCGAAGCGCUCGUUGCGCGCUGAUCCCAACUUUGAUCUGCUCAUCUCGAAAAUCUAUCCAAGUCGCGAGGAAUACGAAGCUAUACAGGAAAAACAAAUGGCCAAAUUCAAUCAGGCGCAAUCACAGCAGGCGUUGGUUAACUCCAUUAACGAAGGCAUCAAACUGCAAUCUCAGAAUCGUCCGCAACGCUUUCGCACCAACAAAGGAGGAGGCGGUGGAGGAGGUAAUAAUAGUGGAGCCGGAGGAGGAGGCAGUGCUACACGUUCCGGAUCGAGUGCAGUGCAUGCCCAUGAUACGGCUUCCAAUGACAGCAACAGUAACACAAAUGGCACCGAUCGUGAGACACGUGACGUGAGCAGCAACAACACUGCAGCCGGAACAGCAUCUGGGGCAGCAGGAACCGCAACGGGAGCCACUGCCCCAGCCACCAACUCCUCGACCACAGCAACAACAACAGCAACAGCUGCGGGCACUUCAGGCGCCAGCACUUCAUCCAGUCGAAUGCAGGUAGAUGAUGCCUCAAAUCCACCCUCAAUACGCAGCACACCAUCGCCAGUGCCCUCGAACUCAAGCAGCUCCAAGCCGAAGCGUGCCAUGUCAGUGAUGACAUCGGAGCGUUCCGAGGAAUCGGAAUCGGACUCCCAAAUGGACUGUCGUACCGAAGGUGACUCCAACAUUGACACCGAAGGCGAGGGCAACGGUGAGCUGGGCAUUAAUGAUGAAAUUGAGCUUGUGUUUAAGCCACAUCCCACAGAGAUGUCGGCGGAUAAUCAAUUGAUACGUGCGCUUAAAGACAAUUGCAUACGCUAUAUCAAAACAACUGCAAAUGCAACUGUAGAUCAUUUGAGCAAAUAUCUGGCCAUGCGUCUCACCCUCGACUUGGGCGCAGAUUUGCCCGAAGCUUGUCGGUUGCUCAAUUUUUGCAUCUAUGUAGCGCCACAGCCACAGCAGCUGGUCAUCUUGAAUGGCAAUCAGACACUACAUCAGGUCAACGAUAAGUUCUGGAAGGUCAACAAGCCCAUGGAAAUGUAUUAUUCGUGGAAGAAAACCUAAAGCAUCAUUCGACAUUUAUUUCUGCAAUUGAAAUAUAUAGUAAUAGAUUUUAUCGUUAAUGUGCUUAACAAGAAUAUUAUAUAUACAUACAUCAUACAAAUAUAACAAAUUGUAAUUGUAAAUUGUAAGAAUACAUUUGCCGCUUCGAUGCGGGAAGCGUAUUUAAGGAACACUUAUAACUAUUUUAAGCGACUAAAAAGACGGGUUCGUUUGCAAACCAAUGACUAAGCAUUGUGACUCGCGUGAGGAGAAAAUACAGAAAAGGCGCUGGGAUCUGUUGAGGUUUCGUGCGGUUUCUUCUACACUUUGGUACUGUCAUGUGAACACUAAAAAGGCACCGUUCUCUGAACUGAAAGUGGAAUCAUUUAGGCACUCGGCGCAUCUUAGCGAGAAUUGCAUUGCGAAAGUCCUUGAAAUCACUGCUUGCUUCAAUCUCAUUGCGGCACUUGCCCUGAAUGCGAUAAAGUCCUAGAUUAAUCUCGGAACGUUGCCCAUUAAGUGUGCGCCGCGUCAGAUCCUGUUCCAGAUCGUAAGGCAAACCCAAGUCAAUCAAUUCAUCAAUUU